GAGGCACCAAGAAAUGAAGGAGCAGAGACUGCAAAACAACACAUUCUCAAAACACCCGCUAGUGUUCCCACUGUUCUGUGACUCCACUUCUCUAUCCGGCUGGGUUCGUUAGUUUUCGUCGCGAAGCGGAGGAGAGAGUGUAGCCUAGUCAUACGGGCAAGUAGGUGGAGAAAAUAAAAAAUAAACGAUACUAACGAUAAGCGACAGCCAACACUGUGAGAAAGUGAAAGUGGCACCAGUUGGCAGUCCCAAAGAACGUCGUUUGAUCUGCUUUUCAUAGCUGUCAACUGUUAUUGAGUGAGGUCUCCUCCUAGUUGGUGACGGAUACAGCAGGCGACACGGGGAGACCAGCCUGUAUUGCCCUCGCCAGGUUUUCUUUCAGAUUUCAUAAGAUUUCAAAAUAUUUGACGCGUGGUGUGGAGGCCAAGAUGUCAUCGAAGAUGCCAAGCUCUAACAACAUAACUCAGGCCAGGAGGACAGUACAACAGCUAAAGAUAGAGGCCAGUAUUGAGAGGAUAAAGGUAUCCAAGGCCUCAGCGGACCUCAUGCACUACUGUGGCGAACAUGCCAAGUACGACCCUCUGCUCAUGGGCAUACCUGCCUCAGAGAACCCCUUCAAGGACAAAAAGCCCUGCACUAUAUUGUAAUGACCCCUUUAUGUACCCUUUAUGUACCUGCUUUUUAAUGUUCCUGUAUUUCUUUUUUUCUACUCAUCCACCCAUCAUGCCUUAAAGCCUUAAAGCCCUUUAAUGAAAACAUUGUAUUUUAUCACUCACUUUGAAUUUGCCAUAGUUACAGACAUAACAUACAGUGCAUCGAUACAAUACAUAGUUCAAAUAUACCUUGGGACAGUGAGUUUUAAUGUGUGUCUGAUUUAGCUCAGUGGUUUUCGUCCACCCCUUUAACAAGUCUGUUUUAAUCAUAUCUUCUGUAAUUUGUAUUACAAUGACCUAAUUUAAUAUAUUUCAGGCUUUGGAGUCAUGGUUGGGACAUGUGGCUGUAUUGUCUUCUUCCCAUUGACUCGUGCCGCGUUCACGUGCUAGUCGGAAAUAGGAAACUCAGAAAUGUUCGACUUGCUAACUGGUUGAACAGGGCAUGUGUAUAACUACAACCAGUUAGCAAGUCGAAAAUGUCAGAGUAACCUAGUUCGGACUAGCAUGUGAACGCAGCUUCAUGCUGUUUAUUAAUAACUUCCUGGUUCAGCAAUAGAGGAAGUAGACCCAGGGACAAAUAUUUUCCAACAUAGACAUCAUCAGAGCCCUCAACCUUCUAUUAAUGUAAAGAGCAGAAGUGUUUGGUUAGUGCUGAGGAUAUUUUAACUCAAUGCCAAUUGUCGGAUGAGAAACUGCAUUGUACAGCUGAGACAGGUCAUUCACAACCUCAGUAUACAGCACUCCACCCAGCCAGUUAAACCAGGUGUUACAUAA